AUGAGGAAGGGAUCCGCGCGAUCCAGCGGUUUAAAGCCUACUGACCAGCUGACAAAAUCAGGAAGAUCCAACAACUCCACCUGCCCGUCAAGAUACAAUGUUAAGCCAAGGGUAGAUCCACUUUUCCAGGAGAAAAUGAGAGAAGAACUUUUGAGUUCCAGCAGCAUGAGUUAUGUCCCGAAAAUCUCCCCGAUUAGCGCUAGAGGUACUACUAUUCCAACCAAACGUCGAAUUUCAUCAAGUGAGACUAGUGAUGAAGAUAACCUCGAAACAGUGCGAAGCAGCACUGACCAAGUGCAUAGAAAACGGGACAAAGGUUUCGAGACCAUCAAAACACAGGGAACGUUUUAUGCAAUCCAUCAAUCUGGCGACCGCACCGUCCGGCAGCAUGCAGUGUUGAUUAUUGAAAAAGACGAGGAUUUGAUCAUGAAAAUUAGGUGGAAUGGCGCUAAGAUAGAGGGUUCAGAGGUGAAUUUCAUGACGGAGGGUCGCCAUGUUUUCUUCAGCUCCAAUGGGAAUUUUCUAGGUGUGGUGUUGAAAUAUGGAAGAAUCAUAGGCUUACGCAGCCAAAUACAAACUCAAGUGUUUUUAUGGAAGGGUGAUGACCGUCCGGGCUUCAAGGAACUGAAGGAUAGCCUUGAGGAAGCCAUGAUUAGCGUUGUUGUUUUAAAAAAAGAGAACUUAACUCUUAAGACCGUUUUACGUGCAGUGCAGGAAAAAAUUCCAGAGCAAUCACUCACUCAAGGGAACACUUCAGGCGAGGUUAAUGUUUCAGAUCUUCACCCGGAUACGCGAGAAAACCGACACUUUGAAAACAAAAUUCUUCGUUCUUUGCAUAAAUCCACUCACAAAUCAUGUUCUCGUGAAACAGGCACGGUUAUAGGCAUUCCCAACUCAGCAGAUUUUCGGGGCAGCCAUGUUAUUUCUACAAAAAAUUUCUAUGCCGACGGACCUUCGCAAGGAGGCCUACUGAACCAUUCACUUUCUCAUACUAAACGCAUAACAAGGUCGAGCUCUGAAACACCGCCGGUCACUGCUGCGACUUCCGAAGAGCUGGAUACUCCUGAAGAAGUGCCACAACUUUUCAAGCCGACUUUGUUCUAUAGGUUUGAUGACAAUACGACCCUAUCCAUUUCCAACCAGGAUUUCAAAUGUCUGUAUAAUCAUGAUUGGAUCAACGACUCGAUUCUUGAUUUCUUCGUCAAGUUCUGGACGGAAUCAUCAAUCAAUAGUGAAAUUGUAUCUCGGAAUCAGAUACAUGUUCUCUCCUCGUUCUUUUACACAAAACUGGUUAGCAAACCUGAGAGCUAUUACGAUAAUGUUAAGAAAUGGGUCAGAGAUACAGAUUUAUUCACCAAAGAUUAUGUGGUUAUGCCGAUAAAUGAAAGCUUCCAUUGGUUUGGAUGCAUUAUCUCCAAUCUUCCAGCUUUGCUUUCGUUCCUUAAGAUGGAGCGAGAUUUCAAACUUAAGCAUAGCAGCGACACAAAUGCUGAAAGUAACGAUGACCUCUCUGUCACUUCACCGAUAGUAACAAUAAUGGUUUAUGACUCGUUGCGACAAACUCACUCAAGGGAGACAGAUCCUAUCAAAGAGUUUUUGAUCGCAUACGCCGCAGAUAAAUAUGAACUCGAGGUUUUCAAGCAUCAGAUUAAGAUGAAAACAUGCAUGGUGCCGCAACAACCUAAUAUGAGUGACUGCGGGGUCCAUGUCAUUUUCAACACCAAGACCUUCUUUGAAAACCCAGAAAGAACAACCCAGCUGUGGCACGAGAGCAAAUUCAAGAGUAAAAAUGCAGCAAGAGUUGUGAACGAGUAUUUCGAUAAGAAGGGCAGAACAAAUGCUCGUCAAGAGCUUCGUUCUGUUUUACUAGAUUUGCAAAAACGACAGGUAGAGCUUAAAAAAAAUAGUGGUAAUUCUGCUCUAUCUGAACAAGAUCGCAGCGCGAGUGAAGAUGACGAUGGGCAUAGUGACGUUGAGAUCUUGGAAAACUACACUGAACCGUUUUUAAAGGAUAAGAAUGGGAAUAAGAAUCAGAUUGAGAAUGAGAUUGAGCAUGGCAAUGAGUUUGAGAACGACAAUGAGAAUGAGAAUGAGAAUGUGAAUGAGAAUGAGAAGAGAAUCGGAAAUUCACCUCUUCCCGCCCGGCAAACUUCGGACGGAAGUGGCUCUGAUUUGAUAAAAGAUACCAGUGCUGAAGAACGAGAAAUCUGCGCUCGGCAAGAAGGUGACAGAUCUAAUUCUCUCCUCAGUGGAGGGUCUGAGAGAUCCAGCAAGUCGGAGACAGUCUCACCGACUGAAAAUGGGCCUCCUCACGAAGUAAAACAUCAUAAAAAGCAGUCGAUAAACUCGCUCGAACGCUCUUUUAACACAACGCCAGAUUUUAACAAUACAUCAAGGGUGAACGCUGGACUUGAUGAUGAAUUACAAGUUUCACUUUCGCCCAAGGAGAGCGACCUGAACAACUUGAUAACGUCGUCGCAAAAUGAAACCCUCGAAAUUGCUGAAGAACCGGUGCUCACUGAAUUGCCUCCAACAGAGUCGCGCUUCUUUAAAAAAAAAGAUGGAAAGCAGAACUUGGCGACUUCAGAUAAACGGCUUUCAAUGCCUCAAAAGUUUGAGUUCAUGAAAUUAGAUGAGGGUUCAUCUUUUCCUGGAAAUUUUAGCUCUGACGAACCAAUCGAAAUCACCAACCCCGCGCCUGUCAAUGACUAUAGACGAAGUCCGACUACAGCCUCCUCUACUGACAGUGCCAUUGUCGUGGAAGACAUUUCGAAAACCGCAAGGCUGAACCAUCCGCGAACGCCCAACUUCAAGCUCAUAUCUUCUCCCUCCCGUUACAGCAGUAAUGGAUCAAAACUCUUGAAUACGUUUUCGAGAUCCAAAAUAAAAGCAGCACAAGCGCACAAUGGCGGUUCUGCAAUGUCAGACCAUGCAAACAUUAGUGACGAAGAAACAGAAAGUAUUCGAUUUACUGGCGAGCGAUCACUUUGA